AUGCCAACCCGCUACACAACCCGCACCCCCGACGUCUCCGCGGCGCCCCUAUCCUCGCCCCUGACCUUCCCCUUCGCGACGGCAGCAGCAGCAGCGCCCAACCGGCUGAUGAAGGUGGCCAUGACAGAGCGCAUGGCGACGUGGGUCGAGGGCGACCUGGGCGCGAGCGGGAUCCCGACGCAGGCGCUGUGCGACCUGUACGGGCACUGGGCCGACGGCGGCUGGGGCCUCGUGGUGACGGGAAACAUCAUCGUGGACCCGACGCACCUCGAGGCGCUCGGGAACAUGAUCAUCCCGCCGCACGAGGACGAGGAGGACAACAAGCGCCGCUUCGAGGGGUACCGCCGGCUGGCGGCGGCAGGCAAGCGCGGCGGCGGCAUGUUCCUGGGGCAGCUGAACCACCCCGGGCGGCAGACGGAGGCGGCGCUGCAGCCGCACCCGGUGUCGGCGUCGGACGUGCAGCUGACGAAGGGGUACGGCGCGCUCUCGGCGUUCGGGCGACCGCACGCGGCGAGCGCGGCCGAGAUCGCGGCCGUCAAGGCGGCGUUCGUGCACGCGGCGCAGUACCUGGAGAGGGCCGGCUUCGACGGCGCGCAGCUGCACGCCGCGCACGGGUACCUGCUCGCGCAGUUCCUGUCGCCGACGACGAACUCCCAGCGCGCCGACGCCUACGGCGGCCCCCCGCUGCGGAACCGCGCGCGGCUGGUCACCGAGAUCGCGGACGAGAUCCGCGCCGCCACGGGCCCCGCCUUCGUGCUCGCCGUCAAGAUCAACAGCGUCGAGUUCCAGGAGGCCGGGUUCGAGGCCGCGGAGGCCGCGCAGCUGGUGCGGCUGCUCGAGGCGCACGGCCGCUUCGACGUCGUGGAGCUCAGCGGCGGCACGUACGAGGCGCCGGGGUGGCACCACCGGAAGGAGAGCACGCGACGGCGCGAGGCGUUUUUCAUCGAGUUUGCGGAGCUGGUCGUCCCGCACGUGCGGCGCAUGCGGACGUUCAUCACGGGGGGCGUUCGGACGGUGGGGGGGAUGGUGGAUGCGCUGAGGAGCAGCGGGCUGGACGGGGUUGGGCUGGGGCGGCCGAGUGCGACGGAGCCGAGGCUGCCGCGGGAUAUCUUGGUGGGCGGGGUCAAGGGCUGCAUCAAGCCGCUGGUAGGCGACACGAUGAUUCUGGGGGACGAGGAUGCUUGGGGCUAUAGCGCUGCGCUGGCUGGGGCGCACAUGCUGCAGCUGAGUCUCAACCAGGAGCCCAACGACCCGUCGGAUCAGGCCGUUGUCGAUGACUUCCUCAAGGGUUUUGCGAAGUGGGUUGCAGCUUAUCGUACGAGAUCCAAGACCGAUAUUCUUGACCAUGUUAGGUUCGAGUCAGUGACACCGAGGCCGUAUGGGGCAGGAUAA